AUGGCCCCUACCUCCGCCUCGUCCGGGCAAGACUGCCAACCUGGUGCUCUUCUCGAGCCAGCGCCCUCUGGGCGCUGCGCCCGGUCUGGAACUCCGAGGUCGGCUCCUUACCAAGGAGCUGUGGCAUCGACCCCCGGCAGCGGAGUGGCAAUCAGCGAGAAGUUGGAGCACAUGACGUUCAACAUGAACCUGAGGAUGAUAUCCGGGAACAGGUACGAGGAUGAGGAAUUCGAGGAGGUCGGGUCGGAUGCGUGGAGGUUCAAGACAGCGAUGAACAAGGCCUUGGGUCUUUCGGGGCGUUCUGUGCUCUCGGAUGCGAUUCCGUGGCUGGGGUGGCUAGAUUUCCAGGGGCAAGUGAGGUCCAUGAAGGAGACGGGGCCGGGAGCUCGACUACGUGCUCGAGAAGUGGCUGAGACAACACCUGGAGAAGAGAUCAAACAAAGGGUUUCGAAUCCUGGGAUACUAACUGGGACAGAGAGCACAUCCAUCACAAUUACAUGGGCACUUUCCUCCUCCUCCCAACCACCUGGCCGCUCCUCAAAUCUGCCCAACAGGAGCUCGAUGCCAUCGUCGGGCAAGACAAAUGGGUCCAAGAUUGCAAAAGAGACCCGGGUCUGGGCGAAGCCCGAUGAGUUUCGGCCGGAGCGGUUCUUGAAGGAGCAGGAGGAAGUAGACUUGAAGAUCAGAACUUCGUGUUUAUUCCGUUCAGAUUCGGGCAGUGAGGUCUUGCCCAGGAUCCACGCUGGGGUUGCAGGAUUCCAGGUGACGCCGGAAGAGGGGGCGACGGUGGACAUGGAGGAAGGGUCGGGCAUUGCCCUGCCCAAGGUGAAACCGCUUCGGAGUUGCACUGGGAGCCGCGCCUUCCGCUUCAUCUACGAGAACCUCUAA